AUGGCGUCUAGACUACUGGUUUACCCGAGUGAAGAUCGGUCAGAAUGUGAAAAUAGAGAGCAAAUUGGGCUUUCUCCCAUGUUCAAGAGAGCUAUUAUAUGUGCACUAGUUAGUAUUUUUGCGACAGUAAUCGUAAUUGUGCUGACGUUUCACUUCUCUAGGGAGAAUUUCGAACAAACGGGAGCAAUCAAGAAGAUCAUAUACGUCACAGAAAUCAGGGAAGUUGAUCUGAAGCAAAAGUUAUCCCAGGAGAUCAGAGAGGAGGUCGUGCAGAAGCUCAAGGAUGAAGUACUGCGUCGCGGAAUUGGUUACAUGAACGGGGAUAUGGAUGCAUGUCUCGCCAGGGGUCUCAAUAAGGCCUGCACGCAGGACGGAGACGUCAAGUUUGUAACCUCCAUGGAGCUCGAUCGUCACGCCAAGCUCAUUGAGUUCCUAGGGGAUGAGAUAAACGCUGAAUUCGAGAUUGAGAUUCUCCUGAAAUUCAAGAGGUACUGCACCAGGAUCAAGAAGACGUACCAGAACUUUGACGAGUUCACCAAGUACCUCUACCUAUUCCGCAAAGAUGUUAUCGACAUGGAGAGACACAAUAGAGACGCAGGGAAUGGAGAAAAGAGGGGGUAUGAAACGGAGCUGAGAGAAGACUUUUUGUACGACAGCAUGGAGAACGUCGGAUACGGCGACUUGUUUGAGGGCGGAAGAAGGACCUUUGAGUUUACUCCACUCCCAUUCUAG